AUGUCGCGCCCCCCGGCCGGUGGCAAGUCCACCGGGCAGUCGUUUCUGGCCGGGAUCCGUCUUGAACGGGAUGCGCGCCCGGGCGAUGUGGCCGACGUAUCUGCCGGCCGGCUGGAAUCCCGUCGGUCAACCAGCCGCCACACACGAUCCCCCUCGCCGGGGCUGACCAGGAGCAACGACCACCACGACGAUGAUGGUGGCUCCAGCGACGAUGGCCACAGCAGGUCGCCCGACAGCGGGCCCGAGGGUGUCCACGGCCGCCGGACAGGCAACGCCUGGCCGGAUAGCCAUGCGCGGCGGCCGCGGCGUCCCCUCCCACCGGGUGCCGCCCUCCAGUCGCCGCCGUCAGCAGCAGCCGCCGCCGCCGCCGCAGCACCAGCGCAGCGGCGACAACCGCAACCCCGCCCCACCGAUACGCGCACCACCGCGCGUUCCUUCCUGUCUGGCAUCCAAUUCGAGCCAAGUCGCUCCGCAAUCCCGCCCCUGGCCGCGUCGGAUUUCCCCGGCUCCCGGCCGCAUUACUCCAGCGACGACGAGUAUACCCUCCCCUGGUCCGAUGACCCGGCCGCGGAAGAGGAGGACGAGGACGAGGAGGAGGAGGAGGAGGAGUUCUUCGAGCUGUCGGACGACGAGUCCUUCGUAUCGACGCGUGCCACGAAUCGCUUCUACAAGCCGGCCGUCCGGGGGCGCGCCUCCCUGUCGGCCAUCUCCCCAGGCGGAGUGUACUUCUCUCUGCGCGAUCAUCGUCGCCAAGUGGGGUCCUUCAGCUCGCUCAGCUUCCUCAGCGACGCGCCCACUGGCUAUGAGCCUGGCAUCUACUCCGAUGAAUACUCCUCCCGGUCACGGUCGCCCACUCCCUCGCCGCCUGGGGGCUUCCCCCGGCCCGGCGGCGGGCGCGCCUCGCCGGACCCGGUGCCAGAUGCCCGGCGUGCACCGGAUCCCCCUCCGGAGCCCUUGCCCUUGGCCGCCCCGGCCACAGCUGCCCUGGUCCCUGCCCCGGUGUCUGCUCCGGCCGUGGCCGAUACCACGCCGGCCCCGGAUCCGCCGGCCAUCAUUGCCAGUCCCCCUCCUGCUCCCUCUCGAUAUGUGUACAUCGACAACCUGACGGCAGUUCUGCCAGCGUCCCUCAGUCACCCGCGGGGUGCCGACGAGGAUGCGUAUGCCGAUGCCGAUGCGGUUCUUCGUUUCAGUCUCGUGGCCAAGUCCAUGUCACCUGCCGGCUCGCUGAUCGGCGGCUUUUCCACCAUCCCCUUUGGGGCGUCCGGGCACCAGUCACGCAAGCAGAAAACCAACUACAUCCCCCUUCAGAAGACUCCUGUGCAAACCUAUGACUACCUUUUCGCCCCGGACGCCGCAUCGGACUAUGUCGACCGGAACUACACUCCCCUCACCCUGGACAAUCCACAACUUCGUCGUGGGCGCUUCAAGACCGUACAGUCGCUGCCCUUUAUGAUGUUCUCCACAAUCCCACAUGUCAAGUCGGUGGACUUGGUCAACGAACUGAAUGAGCAGUUCCGCCUUCACAAUCCCGGCCUCCCGGCCGAUGUUACCUUGGAUCUCAUCCGCCAAACCAAGGACCGCAUGGUGACUGUGGGAAAGGAGGUUGACAUGGAAGUGUUGGAUAUCGCCUGUGCCUUCGUGUAUCUGGAGAAACUCAUUCUGAAGAAACGCGUGAACAAGGACACCAUUCGCCUGGUGGCCGGGGUGUGUUUGCUGCUGGCGGCCAAAAUCAGCGACCUCGACUCUCGGCCGCCGCCCUUCAACUACUACUACAUGCCACCGGAGCCAAGCCAGCCCCCCUCGCGGCCGCCCUCGCCGAAUAGCAGCUCCAGCCGGCUGUCACUGGGUGUAGAUCGGCCGGCCGCGCGGGAUGGGGCUCGCCAGGGCCCACAGGCGUCGGCGCCGACGCCGGCGCCGCCACUGCCGCCGCCCUCGCCGCCGCUGCUGCCGGCUGGCGAAACCGUGCUCGUGGCCCCGCCCUCCGCGGCGGAGCUGCGGCAACUCGCGCACCAGCACCCCGGCCCGGAGGGGACAACCACCUCGGCCGCGGCGGACCCCAUGGGCUUGCAACUGCCGGGGCUGAGCCCGGGGCUGCUGCCACCGCCCCCGCCGCCGCCCCUGCCCCCGGCGCACUAUUUCUCGCCAUCCUCCCGGACCCCGGCCGCGCCGGGCCUGCUGAAGCCCGGGAGCAAGUCCAUGUCCGAUGCGGCCCGCGAGGCGGACGCCAACGAAAUGGAAACCCGCCGGGUGCUGGCGUGCGAGGCGCAGGAACUGGCCGAGAAUGCUCGCGAGCGCUCGCGCAAGUGGCUCAUCUCGCUGAUCGAUGCCAUCACCCGGCAUCUGGAGGUGUCGGCUCGAUCGGUGCGGCAGUUUGAAUUUGCGGUCAUGUGCGCGCUGGACUUCAAUGUCCAAGUGCCGCCGAUGCUGUCGGUGCCGCACUUCCGGCGCAUCCUCACCGAGCACGGCAGCUCCUUCGAGCCGGCGGAUGACGAUGACAGUGCCGGUGGCCGGGCCUCGCGCAUGCGCAUGCGCCGUCGCGGCACCGGCCGCUCGCCCAAGGGGCAUCGGGCGGCCAAGCAGGACUACGAGAACCCCGGCGUGGCCGGCGCCCAGGCCUACCUGGGUGCCAAGAUGUUCGACGUGUUCGAGCGCGAAAGAGCCGCCCAGUGAAUGGGGCGUGUGCGCGUGCCACUUGCCAACCUCGGCCCCGGGGCGUGGAAAUAACAACCACCCAACCACCCACACGCCUGGUGCAUUUCUCCCGCCGCGCGCUACCACACAUGCUCUGAGGGGCCCCCCUGCGGCGAGUCCACAAGCUGGCAGCAGACUCUUUUCUUGGGGGGCGGGGGUAUGAGGGAGAGAGAGGGGGAGAGAAAGAGGCAGAGGGAAGACAUCUGAGCGGCGACACGAGGGGGGAGGCGUGUUUGAUGAGGACCCCUCUCUGCUCGCGGGAGAAAAAAAACCGCAUGGCCUCUGCACGCAACGCUCCGUCAUGCACACACCCCCCCCCUC